AUGUUCCUCACUCCGCUUCUCGCACUGCUUCUAGCAGUACCCGCGCUGGCGCAGGACAUCAUCCUCGAUGCUGGCCAUAACGUGACAACCCUUUCAGGGACAUGGGCGUCGGGUUCGGGAAACGUGGUAACGGGUCCGCAAUUCGCCAACCCAGCAAAUCAAACUUUCAACUACCCUUCAACAACGGGCGUCUCGUACUCGUUCACGGACGACGGAUUCUACGAGAUCGCGCGAUAUCGAUUCAAUGGCAACGGCACGCAGCCGACAUGUAUCGUCGGCGUCAUAAACUGGUGUCACGGGGAAUACGUGCUCGCGCCAAACGGCUCCAUCCUCAUGACACCGUUCGGCGACGGGUUUCAGCAGAUCCAGGACCCGUGCGGUGCCGUAUCGAAAUUCAUCCAGUCGUACAACGACACAGAGACGUACCAGAGCUGGUCGAUUUACCAGGACCCCGCCCUCGGCUACCAGCUGCAGCUAUUCCAGUUCGACGGCACGCCGAUGCCGCAGCAGAGCCUCGUCUCCACGACGCCGAACAUGCUCCCCACACAGGCGCUUCGCAACGUCUCCUCGGGCUCUCUCACGGUGCAGGCAGACCUUGCAGUAAACGCGGGCGACCGCAUACGUGCGUUGGGGCCCAGAAGUAUAGGAGGCUUGGUGUCGGCCGUGGCGGCGGUCGGGAUAGCGUCGGCGAUACUGUAG